UACUAAGAAUUCAUUAAGUAUAGCUCCGUUUCAAACUUGUCUUUCUUUCUAUUAUUUUCAAAAUAAAUGUAAUCAUUGUCCAUUAUAAAUAGCCAAUCUAACCAAAUGAACUAUUCCUUCUAAUUAACUUCAAUCAAAGCCUUAAAAUUGAACAUACAAGAAUUAAGAGAUGGAUGAAGCUAAUAAAAAAGGGCAUGUAGUAUGUAUAAGUUUCCCAGCACAAGGCCAUUUAAAUCCCAUGAUGCAAUUCGCGAAGCUUCUCCAUUCUAGAGGCUUCUACAUCACCUUCGUCAACACCCACUUCAACCACAACCGUCUCAUCAGGGCCAAGGCUGCUUCAUCAUCAUCAUCAUCAUCAUCAUCAUCAUCAUCAUCAUCAUCAUCAUCAUCAUCAAUUAGCUUCUCCUUUCCAGAUUUCAAUUUCGAAAGCAUGUCUGAUGGAUUACCACCGUCUGAUCGUGAUGCUACCCAGGACCCUCCCUCUCUCUGUUAUGCUCUCCUUGAGAAUUGUUUGCCUGCUUCUCGAGAGCUCUUGGCCAGGAUAGGGUCGGCGGACGGUGUUCCGGCGAUUACAUGCGUGGUUUCCGAUGGGUUGAUGGGUGGUGCUAUGGAAGCUGCUAAGGAGAUUGGUGUUCCUGCUGUACAGUUAUGGACUGCCUCUGCUUGUGGAUUCAUGGCUUAUUUUCAGUAUCCUCAACUUCUUACAAGGGGAAUUAUACCAUUUAAAGAUGAAAACUUUGAGCACGACGGGACCUUAAACAAGCUUGUGGAUUGGAUACCGGGCAUGGAAGAGAACAUGCGCCUUCGAGACCUUCCUUCUCUUAUGAGAAUUACAGAUCCAAAUGAAAUCCUUUUCACAUUUCAAAGAGAUCAACUCCAACAUUGUCUUCAAGCAUCCGCCAUCAUAUUCAACACUUUCGAUUCCAUCGAACAAAAAGUAUUAGAGGCCAUUAAGUCCAAUAUCUCCCCUCAAAUCUACACCGUGGGCCCACUUCAUUUACUAGAGGAAAAACACGUUCCCGAAAGCCCAUUAAAGUCAUUCAGGCCCACUUUAUGGAGAGACGACAUCUAUUGUCUUGAAUGGUUGGCCCAAAGAAAGCCCAAGUCAGUAGUAUAUGUUAACUAUGGUAGCGUUACCACAAUGUCUAAGGAAAACCUUGUGGAGUUUGCAUGGGGAUUAGCCAAUAGUAAGCACCCAUUCUUGUGGGUCCUACGCCCGGAUGUUGUCACCGUCGACGACGACGGAUCCGAUCUUUUGCCUGAAGAAUUUAGUGAUGAGAUAACAGGUAGAGGAUUGGUGGUGAGUUGGUGUCCACAAGAGAAAGUGUUGGUUCACCCUAGUGUUGGUGUUUUCUUGACACACUGUGGGUGGAAUUCUUUGCUUGAGGGUGUUUGUGGUGGUGGUUUGCCCCUUAUUUGUUGGCCGUUCUUUUUUGAGCAACCUACCAAUUGUCGGUACGCGUGUUUGGAUGAUGAGUGGGGGUUUGGGCUUGAGGUGAAUCAACAAGUGAAGAGGAAGGAGGUUGAGGAUUUGGUUAGAGAGGUGAUGGGUGGAGAGAAAGGGGAGAAGUUGAGAAAAAGGGCUUUGAGUUGGCAGCAAAAAGCUGAGGAGGCUACCGAUGUUGGUGGUUCAUCUUUUGAUAAUUUAAAAAAAUUUCUCAAAGAGAUUUUACAUUUGUAAUGUACUAGUUAGUAUUGAAUAAGAGGUGGUCAAAAUUCGGUCCAUCAGGUCGGAUUUUACUUAAAAAUCUCAUAUAUCCAAACCCGUAAAUUAAUUGUGUUAGGUUUUUCAA